AUGGCAAAUAAUAUAAUUAAUAAAAUUUCCAGGCAAACUGGGCAAGACAGUGUUGGUGAAUUACGAGAGAAAGAUUUCAAACGUGAUUUAGAAGAGCGAGAACGUCAAGCAGCAAGAGAAAGAACGAGAGACAGAGGAAGUCGGACAGAAUCAAAAAGAUCUCGAGUAGAUCAAGUACCAGCUACUAAUUUAGAUGCAGAUGAUCCUGUUGAUGAUGACGACUCAGAUGACUCAGAUGAAAGGUUUGAAUUUCACACAUUUUAACGUUUUGAAAUAUGGCUGGUCGAUACAAGAAGGCCACUGAGGGUGGAUUCUCAAUGCCCUUGAAGUGACAUCACAACACCUCACUUGGCAUACUUUUUGACUUCCACCAUUUUGGGUGGCAAAUAUGUAAAGCUAAAUUGGAACAGACACAGCGUCAAUAAACCAUCAAUUUUACUUCUAUGGACUUCCAAAUGAUCGCUUUCAUUUACACCAACAUACAGAUUUUUUAGCAUGAUAUAAUAUUACUAAUGUAAUUGGUGUUUAUUGAACCCAUCAAGCUUCACCUUACUGUGUUCUUUUGUUCUGCCAGGUGAUUUUACUUGUCAGGGGAGAGUCUUAUGCAUUAAUGGUUAAUCAAAAAGUCUGCCAAUGUGUUUUAAUAACCCAAUUAAGCUGCAAUAUGCUCUACUCUAUUAUUUUACUUUCAUGUAAUUCUAUAUUUAGUGACGAUGAAGAUGACACCGCUGAGCUGUUAGCAGAAUUACAGAGAAUAAAGAAAGAAAGAGCACAAGAAGAAGCUAGGAAGGUUGCAAGAAAUUUUAAAUAAAACAGAGAAACAAGGGUGAAAAUCCUGGGGGUGGGGUAGGUUGAGGAGGGGUGGGGUGACAGCCGCCUAAUGUUUGAAAAGAGCAGUUUUAUAGAGCAAAUUCACCAAAUACUCAAUAAUUUGGUGGGCAAGAAUACAUUCAAAUCAUGUUGAGUAAGAACAUAAAAACCUAGAAGUCCAGUUUGAGCAAUUUAAAAAAAUUGCUAAUCUAAUUUUUGUCAUUUUCUGACUGAGUUCUGUAAUUUCGUCAUCCAAGGUGCACGAAAUGGCGUUUCAGAGACUCUAAAUCCCCCCAGGCGUCUUGUGUUCACAAAACGUACUGUAUCCACAUGCCCCUAAUUUUUAGACCCAAGUUACGCCUUUGCAUAGAAAGAAUUAUUUACAGAGAAAAUAACAUCUACAGGAUUAGAUACUAAACCUAUGCACCGGAUUAAAUUGAUGCACACAUCUAAAUUUGAUGUUAGUCAUAUGCUGAGUUUGGUUUAGUAAACUUUAUUUAAGAGAUGCUUUGACGAGGCGAGUAAGUGAAUGGUCGUAAUUUUUAUUUGAUAGGAACAAGAGAAGAAGGUGGAAGAAGAACGAAUCAGAACAGAAAAUAUCUUACAAGGAAAUCCAUUAUUACAACCAUCUUCAAAUUUCCAAGUAAAACGGAGGUACCAAAUACUGUACUAUAAGUUGAAAAUCCUGCUGUAAUUUUGCAGACAUGUGUUUUCUUAUCUACGACAUUUUCCAGUCCGAGUUAUAACAAUAAUAAAUGGUGUAAUAAAACGCUUUGCAGUUACAAAACUGAAUUACACGCUUAAAAUUACUUACACGCUUAAAAUUACCUCGCAUUAUCUUCAUAUAAAUAUGAAGAUUUUUCAUUUUCAUAUUUGCCAAAAAUGGACCCCAGAAUUGAAAUCUUCGUGCUCCAAUUUUACUGCAGCGCAAAUUUCCGUCAAGUGUAUAGGAAAAACAACAUUUUCAAAACGCCGUAACUCGCGCCAUGAAUAUCCAAACGUCGUGAAAUUUUUGGUAUAGACCAUUGAACUAUAAAUAAACUGGAAGGCUAACUCCUAUGAUGAAGGCCUAUGAUUCGUUGAAGCCGACGCGCGGGUAAAUCCGCUUUCAACAGGACUAAGGAGAGUUUCGAGGAGUGAAAAAAAUUCGGUCAAAAGUUUGUUUUUGAGCAAAAAUUUGCAAGAAAGACACUUUUUCCAUGGGAAUACUACAAUGAUUGGGAUUCAAAUCUGGUUUUCCCAUUAGUUCCAACUGUUUUACAUCUUUGCAACAAAAAGUGCCGAAAGAAACCUCGCUCUUCAACUCAAAAAAAUAUACUAUUAAUAAAACAUUUUGACAGUCCCAAAACUUAUGUUGUACUGAACCCUAGGUAUUGUUAUUGAUCCUUUAGUUAUUAGCUUUUAGAACUUGUUUUAUUCCUUCUAAAACAUGAAUAAAUUGACGUUUUUCAAGUGAUGUUAUUUUCGUCAUCACAUCUUCGUGUUGGGCACUUUGAAUAUGGCAAUAUUUUUGUCAAUUUUUAAAUGUUUUUUUUUUCGACCCUAAAACGUUCAAUCUUCUUGAAACUUCGCAUGCAGAUGUAUUUUACAUGGGUUUAAAUAAUUUCUGAGCUAUGACGUCUUAGUUUUUUUUUUAAACUUUCAAAAACUUAGAAAAAGCGACCUAAAACGCGCGGUUUUUCUGACCGUUCAUGCUGAUGGUCGUGUUUUUUGGUAUUUUUUGCUAAUUUGUGAUUUGUUUGCUUUGCGAAUACUAAAUUCGUUUAUCAUACUACUGAUAUAAAUUAAAUUCGAUGGUAGAGCUAACUAGUAUUUUGGGGCAAGAUUUAUCUGAUCAAAAAAUGUGCAUAUUUUGAACAAAAAUUAAAAAAAGGACUGGGUCUACCUACAAAGAAAGCUUCAAGCACGGCUUCAACUCCCCCCCUGACUUAGCCUUCCAGUUUAUUUAUAAUUCAAUGGUAUAGACUAAAUGGAGCAUGAAGAUUUUAAUUCUGAGAUCUAUUUUUGGCAAGAAUGUGUAGAUAGUGAAAUAUUCAUGACGUCAACUCGGAGAAUAUAGUCAUGCAUGCAGCCUGCUUACCUACUGAAGUAGAUUUACAAUUAACGAAACAAUGUUUUAUUUAGAUGGGACGAUGACGUUGUUUUUAAGAAUUGUGCAAAAGGCAUCCCAGAAAAAGGAAAGGUCGGUGUGAAAGAUGUUUAUUUAUUUAUUUAUUUAUUUAUUUAUUUAUUUAUUUAGUACGUAAUGUUUGUUUCAGAAAGUAAUGGGCAUAGUACAUCAAACAAAUAUGAAAUUCAUUUUCUUGGCUAAGUCGUCUACGCCCAUGCACCGCCAUCCAAUUAAAAUCCUUGGUUACCUAGUCUUCACUACACACGUAAAAAUAUCACAACUUGUCAACAAGAUGUGUUCUCAACACGCUUAUGGCAAGCUUGUCGACAAGUUGUAACAAUGCUGUUAUUUUAUCAAGUUGCUACAAGAUUGUCACUCACAACUUGUUGACAAAUUGUUGAAUUUUUUGUUGAAUUGUUAAAUUAACAGGCUUGUUACAACUUGUGCGUUUUUACGCGUAUAGUCCGUCAUAUAUGUCAAAACAGUGGUAAACAUGCAUGCGGGUGUUUCAAAAACGAUCCCCUACGAAAACAAAGACCUAAGAUGUGUCUUCGUUUUGUAAUUAUUGCCAAAACAAUCUUACUGUAGGUCUUCGGUUUUCGUAGUUCUUCGUUUUCGAUAAACAUGCAUGCGAGUUAUCCAAAAAUGUGAAUUUAGCUGAUGAGGUCUACGCCUGAGUGAGAUUUUAACAGACACAAACAGUGGAGUAUUUCCCUAUCACAUUAUAUGCUUGUUCUAGAUGAUAUUCUUAUUUCACUGUUGUUGUAUUUUAGGAAGGGAAGUUUAUUAACGAUACUUUGAGGUCGGAAUUUCACAAGAAAUUUAUGAACAAAUAUAUAAAGUGAGGUUAUUGGAUCAUGAUGACGCGCUAUACAUACAUAAAUGUACAUUGAAGAUACUUGUCUUUGGGCAAUACUUUGGAGCUUCUGCACAAUACUUUGAGCUACUGUACUGUACAAUAAAUUACAUUAAUGCAUUUUGUAAAUACGCUGGUUGAUAAUAAUUUAGAAAUGUAUCUGAUUUACUGUAAUCUCAGCGGGCAACUAUCACUGACAUAGGAAACAGGAAAUACACCUCUAACCCAGUCCCUGAAAUGAGGAUUGAAAAAAAUGUGGUGCAUGAUGGGAAUGAUCAAGGCUCAAAUUUGUUUUCGUCGUUGCACUCCUCAGUCGACUGACCUAGACCUGACGACUGGGUACGAGUCUCCCCUACUUUUUACUGAAAGUGCACAGUUAGUUAGGAUUCUGACACUUUGGACGAAUCUACUUCGUUGCAAUGAAUCAGCUUGAAAAAUAUACGGAGUCGAGGUUUCUAACUUUCCAGACGAAGAGCCUUCGCUGAAUACUCGCAUUUGAAAAUAAAAACUAGUGCUUGUUGAAUUUUGGGAUUUUUUGCUAUAAUAAGGGCCCUAUAUCCCUCUCUAAAGAGCAUUCACGUGUAGACUAAAUAUUUUUAUAUUGAAAUAUUUUUAUAUUUAAAUAUUUUUAUAUUUAGUCUUCACGAAUCAUGAGUCGUGAAAACUUGAAAAAACUCAUUCACGUUUACGAAAAAAUCGAGGCAAUCACGAUUCGCGUAGGAAUAUAAAAAAAUUCACGAAUUUAUAUUACUGCGUAAUAAAAUUAUCAAGUAUACAGAGUACUUGCUGUUUGCUGCGUCGUAAGACACUCAGAUAAACGGAAAACAACAAGAAUUUCGAUCCUAUUCAAUCCUAAAAAUCUACGAAACGAUCACGUUCAUUUCAAUCCUUAAUUCAUUCACGGAUCACGGUGG